AUGGCUCCCAAAGCAAAAAAUGGCCUCCGCGUUGCCUUUAUCCACCCUGAUCUAGGCAUCGGGGGUGCGGAACGACUCGUCGUUGAUGCAGCGACGGAGCUAGUCCGCUGCGGAAAUCAUGUCGACAUGUAUACAGCCUAUUAUGACCCGAAACGAUGCUUCGAGGAGACCAAAACGGGCGGCUUUGCCGUGUUCACCGCCGGGAGUUGGUUUCCCCGCCAUGUCUAUGGUCGCAUGCUCGCGCUGUGCGCGUACGUGCGCUGCGUCCUCGUCGCCCUGCACAUCGCCUGGCGUUGCUACAAACCUGGACCGAAAGCUGCAUACGACGUGGUCAUUGCCGAUCAGGUCGCGGUUGUCGUCCCGAUCGUCAAGCUGCUCAUGCCGAGCACCAAAGUGCUCUUCUAUUGCCACUUCCCAGACCUACUCCUUACAAAACGCGAAUCUUUCCUUAAAAAGCUUUACCGUGCUCCGUUGGACUACUUGGAGGAGGCUACGACCGGCGCGGCGGACCUCAUCUUGGUCAACAGCAAGUACACACGCAGCGUGUUUGCACAGACGUUUCGCCGGCUCGCUGCGCGCGCCAUGCAGCCCGGCGUGCUGUACCCGGCCCUGGAACCAGAACUGGCGCAAUUUAUAGACGGCGGCACUACGUUCCUAUCAAUAAACCGGUUUGAGCGAAAGAAGGGCAUCAGGCUCGCGUUGGAGGCCUUAUGCGAGCUGCGGGAACGGCAGGGGACGACACGGCUAGUGGUGGCGGGCGGGUACGAUCCCCGGCUUCCUGAGAACGUGGAGUACUUAAAAGAGCUUCGAGAAGCCGCCCGGCAAAUGGGUUUGUUGGAGGUGGUGCGGUUCAUGCCAUCCUUCACGGACAGGCAGAGGACGCUAUUGCUGGCCGCCUGCCGUGCCGUACUGUACACUCCACAGCAUGAGCACUUUGGGAUUGUGCCGCUGGAGGCCAUGGCGGCGGGUCGGCCUGUGGUGGCGUGCGACAGCGGCGGCCCCACGGAGAGCGUGACCCAUGGGGCUGUGGGGUUUCUGUGCGCGCCAGCGGCCGCUGCCUUCGCGUCCGCUAUGGCUGAACUGAUGGACGCGGAGACGGCAGUCGGGAUGGGCCGCCGCGCGCGGGCGCAUGUGGAGGGGAAGUUCUCUCGGCGGGCGUUUGGGGAGGCUCUGGAUGGUUACGUGAGGCAGCUGAGGCAGGUCUAG